UUCAACAUGUCCGCCGAAGAGAGCGUAGAAACAGACGAGGAUUAGUGGAACGUACGAACAAAAUGAGUGCAACUAGGCCUUUAAUUCGAAAUUCAGCCACAUUAAUUUUGGUGGCUAGAAAUAGCCAACUUAAGAGUCCCUUUGACUGGAGGGUCUUGUUACUGGAAAGAGCCGCUAAAAGUACAUUCAUGCCAAGCAUGUAUGUUUUCCCUGGUGGUGUAAUCGACAAAGCUGACUUUUCUAAUGACUGGAUGGAAUUAUUUAAACAGUCCUUCACCAAGUUUGGCACAAACUUCACACCCCUUGUCGACGUUCAAGGACCACGCCCACCCGUGGUGAAGAAAUCUGGAUCCACAGAUUUACCAAGUGAUAUCGCAUUACGAAUUUGUGCCAUCAGAGAGACAUUUGAGGAAUCUGGUAUUCUUUUAUUAAAGAGCUUCUCUUCUGAUAAACAAAACAGUCAUCUUGAAAAAGAUAGUAUUCAGAAUUGGAGGAAAGAAGUGCAUGCAGAUGCCUCCAUGUUUUUCACUAUGUGCAGGAAAUUUGAAUGUGUUCCUGAUGUGUGGGCCCUGAGUGAGUGGUCUAACUGGCUGACACCUGCUCAUUUACCCAGACGAUAUGACACAAUGUUUUAUAUCUCCUUUCUUGAUGAGGAGCCAUUGGCACUGCAUGAUGACACGGAGAUGACUCACUCAAAGUGGAUGAUUCCAGCUGAAGCUUCUGCAAAAUAUAGGGCACGAAAGAUCAAGAUUGGAUUCCCUCAAGCUUAUGAGCUGUUAAGGUUUUGCAGAUUUCCAAAGUGGGAGGACUUCCAAUCUUUUCAACGUAACCGCGCUUCAGAUGGAUGUGAACAAUGGCUUACUAUCAUAACACAGUGUGUUGAUGGCACUCUGGUUGUAUUUCCACACGAUGAUCUUUAUCCAUCUUUGCAUAAAAGAGUCAUGGAGGAACUGACUAAAACCUCCACAGGACAAAUUCCAAUUCUUAAUCAAUCAGAGACAUUACUGCAAUUAAACUCCAAGGGAACAAAUUUUAAUCGAAUGAGCCUUCAGUCUGGUCUUUCAUACAACGUGAUGAUUAAUGUGCAACUUCCCCAUGGACAGUGCUUACCAGUCGAUCUUGAAAGGAUUAAUGAACUUGCUGGAGACUCAGUUGAGUCACAUCUCUGAACACUUUGGACUUCUAGUCUCAAAAAGAUCGACCAGGGCAGUCAAAUUUUGAUAACGAGUACGGUGGGAUGAAAUGGCACUAUAAUUAAAGACUGCUUAAGGAAGCCAAAAAUUGAAUUUAACCAGAAAAUUUCACCGGAAAUCUUCGCGCAGAACCCUUUCAGGGUUCGUACACUUUUGACCUGUUAAAAUUCCAUGACUUUCCACGACUUUUUCAUGACCUUUUGAAAG